AAUUGGAUCAAGUUACAGAAAGGAUAGAAUUUGGGUUCCAUUAUUGUUCACAGCUUUAACUGUUGCUUGUUUUGUUAUAGACUACAACUAGAGCUAGGUAGCCCACUUCGCUUAUCGAUUAUUUGCAUCUAUUUUCGAUCGUUUUGCCCUGUGGGACCCACGGCUGGGGUUUUAUUUUUCCUUUGACUUUUUUUUAACAAAAAAACCCGCCGCAGAUAACACGACCCGAACCAUGAUAGAAGCACUGCGAUAACACAAACAGUUCCGGCUGAUGCUAUGCAAUUGGCUCCCUUUUCUCUUCCCCAAAUGGCUACCAUCUUUGCGAUUAGUCGCUGCUCCGGCUCAGCUUAUCAACGCGCCAUGGUUUAUCUCAGUAGACCGCAACGAUUCCAUUCGUUAUCUUCACUAACAUCUAAAUCCAGAUUCUUAAAGUUGAAUAAUCUCACGAGGAAUUACUCGUUUUCAUCAAAUGCUUCAUUUAUCGUAGCGGACGAUGAGAAAUACGGCAACAAGCAAGUAAUCAGCAUCACUCCUCGUCUUUACAAUUACAUCCUCGCCAAUGUUCGCGAGCCUCAGAUUCUCCGGCAGUUACGCGAAGAAACCGCCCAUAUGCGCGGUAGCCAAAUGCAGGUGUCUCCUGAUCAAGCACAGUUACUAGCGAUGUUAGUACAGAUUCUCGGGGCUGAAAGAUGUAUUGAACUUGGUGUUUACACUGGAUACUCAUCAUUGGCUAUUGCAUUGGCUCUUCCAGAAUCAGGCUGUUUAGUUGCCUGUGAAAGGGAUGCUAGAUCUCUUGAGGUUGCAAAGAGGUAUUAUGAGCUAGCCGGUGUUUCACACAAGGUAAUUGUGAAACAUGGACUAGCUGCAGAUGUCUUGAAAUUUAUUAUUCUUAAUGGUGAGACUUGCAGCUAUGAUUUUGCAUUUGUUGAUGCUGAGAAAAGGAUGAAUCAAGAAUAUUUCGAACUGCUACUACAGCUGGUUAGGGUUGGGGGAGUUAUCGUGAUUGAUAAUGUCCUUUGGCAUGGCAAAGUUGCUGACCCGUUGGUAAAUGAUGCAAAGACUGUUAGCAUUAGGAAUUUCAAUAGAAACCUAAUGUCUGAUGAGCGAGUAAGCAUAAGUAUGGUACCUAUUGGAGAUGGAAUGACAAUCUGCCGAAAACGAUGAUCUAAUCCCAAAUGAUACUACCUUUUGACUCAUUGGAUUAUUCCUUGAAAGUCAAAAGCAUGGCUUCACAACUAAUUUAAAGUGGGUUGAUUGAAGGUCAAAUCCUCAAGUCCAAAAACUGGAGCAACAAUCGGCAGGCUUGCCAACAUCCUUCGAAAUUGAUUCGGACACUUAAAAAUGUUGGCCGUGAUAUAUGCUUGUUUGAUGAAUUCUGCUAAAAGCAAGGUGGGGGCUGGGGAUCAUUCUGAUGUGCAUUUGCCCACCUGUAUUAUAGUAACAACCAAAAAGAGAGAAGCUAGAAACUACUGUGACUAAUUUUUAUUUUUUGAGUGAAACAUGUAUACAGUUAGUAAUGGAAUAAAUUGAUUGGUUGUGAAGUGGACUGUACGUAACAUGUUUCCUAG